AUGGACUCGAAGAAUCAAGUUGCUGAAAGCUUUGCUUCUACUGAAAGAGAUAUAGCUCCAAUGACUAGUAAAAAUAUUGACUCUAAUUAUAUUCAAAAUCCUCCUCUAUCAGAUAUUGAAAUAAAGAAGCAUAAAUCUCCGAAGGAGUCUCCAAAGAUUAUUCCUAUUACCUCCGUUCUCGGGGGUAGGUCAAAAUAUAGCACAAAAUUCCCCGAUAUUUCAAGACAACCAAAUAUUGACAGCAAUUCUCACACUGAAGAUCCUUACACUGAAGAGGACCAGGAAACCGAGCAAGAUCUUGACACCAAUAAAGUAUCUUCUCGGAAGAAGUCUACGAAAACAAAGAAGCUGACUGGGAUUCAAAAAUAUUUUAAUCCUGAUCAAAUGAACAUGAUGAAUAAGUUCCUAAAGAACACAGAUUCUGCCCUUGAGAAUACUAAGGCAGCCACUCUUAACACUAAAAUAGGCCAUAAAAGUCCUGGUAUUAGUGCUGUUAACAAUAAGAACAUGUCUUUCCAGAGUUCGAAUGAACUGGCUAAGAAGAUUAAGCAGCUUGAAGCUCAAGCAAAAGCUUUAGAUGAAGAAUAUGACACUUUGAAGACAGACAACCAAGAACUUAUUGACCAAAAUAACUAUAUGAAGGAUGUCAAUAAGAAACUUUUUAUGAAAAUGAGAGAUAACGAUGACCUUAAUGAUACUUCCACAGACCAACCAGAAGAGACAAAGUGAGGUGACACUCCCAAGACAGAUCUCAAAGGAGGAAUGAGUACCAAUAUGGAUUUUCUUAACCAAGUCUCUGUUGGAGAAGUUCAUUCUAUGUAUCAGGACCUCUUCUUGACUGAUAUGAAGAAGGAAGUUGAAGAUGCUCAAGAAGAACUUAACCAAUGAAAGAAGGAAACUAAUUCUGCAUACAGAGAGAUUAAGAAAUUAAAAUAAAGAGCAAACUCAAUUACAGCAGACUCUCAAACGUUAUUGGAAGAGUGUGCAGGAAAUUUCAUCUGAGCAUUAUACGCAUUUGAAAAAGCCAGAAAAGAAGAACAAGAUUGACAAAUCAAAUAUGCAUAAAAGAGUAGAGACUAAAGCUGGAGGUCAAUUUAACACACUUGGAAAUCAAUAUACUCUAGUUCCUGGGCCACAAAGAGCAAACACACAAGCUGAUCCGUUUGGAAAAAUGAAGAGUCACCAUCGUCUUGAUAGCAGAGGGUCUGCCUCGAGUAACAAUCAAACUAAUUUAGGAAGCAACUGGAUAGAAACUUCUAAACUUGAGAAGUCAUUCAGAGGGCUUAAUAUGGUGAAUAAAGCUAGCACUAUUUUGGAUACAUUUAUUGUCACGAUCAAAGAAAUUGCAACAAACUUGGUACAGUGUAAAUUCUGAAACAUUUUCUGCUUCGACCCCCACCUUUCCAAAAAGAUUGAAGAAGAAGGAUCUCUUGACCAGAGUCAUGUUCAGAAAAUUAUGAUCGAUACUCCCUUGAUGCAUGGAGGAAGAAUGCCUUCAAAAGGGGUUGAAAACAAUGACAAAAUCACAAUGAGAAGUUACAACAGAUACGUUGACUUAAUUGGACUUUCUGACUCUCAUAUGAGUGAGCCAUGCUUUAAGACAAUCGAAGAGUUGAGAUAUGGAAUAAGGAGUCAGCAAUAUCUAGCCUUUCCUGUCUUUGACAAACACGAGAGAAUUGUCAUGGCAAUUCAGUUAGAGGCAAGGAGUUAUCAGAUGAAGACUAGAGGGAGUAAAGCUGAAGUCAAUAAAAAGGACAGAGCAGCCUCAAAGUAUAUGGGUUUUGCCAUGGUUGACGAGCACAUUGUUAAGACUUUUUGUCACUAUAUUCAUAUGAAAAUAGAGAGAAUGCUGGCUAAAUAAGGAAUCUCAAAUGAGAGAGAGGAAUGUUGUUGAUACUCUUCAGUUGAUCAGUGACAUUUGAACUCAGAGAACUCAUAAAGGGCUCAUUAUGAAGAUUAAAAACAAGUUGCCAAUUUUUAUGGGAUUUCAGGCAGCUGGAAUUUUGAUUUAUGACAAAAAGGAAGACAAGUUACUAUCCGUAGCUGAAGUUAAUACUGAGGAGGAAGAAGAGUUUGAAGAGACUUCAAAUUUAAUUAAAUUUCCAACCAACUGUGGAAUAACAGGCCAAGUAUUCGCUCAAAAAGAUGCUGAUAAAGUAAAUGGCAUUCCUCAAAUUGAAAUCCAUUCGACAAAGGAUACAAAUAACUUGUCUGAAAUCGACAAUUUAUCAAACUGCACAGAAGUAUUUAACUUUAUGAUUGGCCCAAUUUAUGGAGAAGAUAAAACCACUCCUAUUGGAAUAAUUCAGUUAUUCAACAAAAAGUCAAAUGAAGGAAUCACUCAAAAAGAUAGAGACAAAUUUGUAUCAAUCCAAGGACUUUUAGGAAUGUGAGUUGACAACACUACCAAAAUGAGUACCACCAUGGAUGUUUUAGAACAUUUCAGCCAAAAUAAUUCAUUGAAAUUUGUGGAUAGUAAACUUCAGAAAAUCAUUGAAGGAGAUCCUAAGCUAUCUACCUUAGAAAAUGAACUCAAAGAGAAGGAUAAGAUGAUAAAGAAGGCUGAUAAAGAUAUGAAAGGUCCAUAAUUUUGUAUUAAAAUAGAAUUCAAUUAGA